CUUGAUGCAAAUAAGACGGCCCGACCCAGAUAGUUCGGAAGAAGGAACAACAUUGCCCCGCUUCGUGAGGCGAAAGCGCCAGUCGCCAGUCGCCCGAAGAACCGCGGUACGGAGGAAGGUAUCGCCAUUUCCAUCGCUGCCGACGUCGCAAACCAAAACUGUGUGUCCGAUGGUCGAGGUUGCACCUCGACCCCUCCGAUCGACUAUUGCAGCGAACAAGGACGAGAACAAAAUCAUUUUGAUCUGGGACCUCGAUGAAACGCUACUCCUGUUUAGCUCGCUGUGCACGGGGCAAUUUGCCCACGUUACGGGCAAGAGUUCUGCGGCCAGCGUUGCCCUGGGUGAAAGCAUGAUGUGCUUUGUGUUUUCAAUCCUGGAGAAGUAUUUAUUCUUCGACGACGUGGAAAAGGACACGGUCGGCCACGUCAGCCACAUGGCACAUUACGACGACGGGCGGUCGCUCCAUCAAUACGACUUUGCAAGUGAUGCGAUGGCUCAGGAGCCCGACGGAAGCAUAUCCAAGCUACGUAAGCAAGCGUACCGGUACCGCCGCAUUCGACAAAUCUAUGAGCGAAAGGUAAAAGUAGCGUUCUUGACCAACGGCACGACGGAAGCGACAUUUUGCGGCGAACUUCGCGACUCAAUCGAUGCAUUUGGUGACGGAUGGGGCCGUGCAGCACAGCGCGCGUUGCAGGCCGCUUCCACUGCUGGUUGCAUGAACAUCCUCGUGACCAACACACAACUCGUCCCCGCCCUGUGCAAAUGCCUCAUUUACGACCUCGACGCGUGGUUUUCACCAGAUGCGAUCUAUUCGUCGUCCCACAUUCGAAAGAAGCAGUGUUUUGACACGAUCCGCAAUAAGUACGGCCUCCAUCAAACGUAUGUUGGCCUUGGCGACGGCCCCGAAGAGCAGCGUGCGAGCGUCGAUUGUGGCAUGUCGUUUGUCGAGAUCAAGCGACUCGACGAUUUGGUGCGCGUUGCAGAACAACUCGAGUACGCAGUGGCGUCUGGGUCAUCCAUCCAUGCAGCGCUGGGCCUAUAGCUGUCCGCACGCGGCGAUGCUGCACGUGAGCACGGGGCGUUCGUACACUGUUUCGAGCUUCCCAAUCGCUUCGAUCGUCUUCAUUCCGCUGACAACCCGUCCAAAUACCACUACAAUCCGAAUUAGAGCGUAGCGACGAGCCAACCCACGGACAGCAUGUACCUUUGGACUUGUCAAGCCAUGGCAGCGGCGCGAGCGUGAUGAAGAACUGCGCUCCAUUCGUGUGUGGUCCGUUGUUCGCCAUGGACUACGACGCACAGACAAAUGUAAUCCACUCGACCAAGACCGUGAUGGAUAUACAAACCAAAAUGCCAGCUUUAUCGUGGGACACAGAGAAUGCUUCGUCCUCGAACACCCCUUCUUCGUUGAGCGCACUGCCACCAACGCCGUCGCCGCGACCGCCAGUGACGACGUCACCGCCCUGGAUCCAUCCUCCGGGCACAAUGCGGUGGAUGGGAAGGCCGGCGUAUCCGUGCUGGGUCUCCGGGCGACACAGCGCGGCAAAGUUUUCGCAAGCCUUGGGGCAAACGUCGUCGAAUAACUCUACGAUCACGCGAUCGUGGUACACUUGGCCGUCGGUGGCAAAUUUCAGAAAACAAAACAGAUUGCGUGAGUGUGCGCGGUAGGCGUCCCAUGCUUCGGUGGAGUGCUGGAGACAGUCUCGGUGGGUGAGUUGGUCGGCGAUCCCGUACUUUUGCGCGCAAAACUCGACAAACGCAUCCGCGUCGCCAAUGUAUGUGUUCAUGGUCCCUUCCCCGUCACCGUCGUCGUUGUUGUUCGCGGACGUGUCGUGCAUGAAUGCAAUCGGCGCCGACUUGGGGUGGUUCGGAAACUGGCGCGUGAGACCCCGCGACGUCAAGUACGGCCCAAAGUCCGCUUCCACCAUCGAUCGCAUGAGAAUCGACACGGACGACUCGUGGUCGCGGAGGUCCAGCGCAAGGUGCCGCAUGCGCUGAAAGUUGGGGUCCGUCAGGACCCCCGC